UCUGGUUAACACUCAGAGAAACGCAGCUGAAUCCUGGUUUUCCGAGCUGGGCUGUUCUCUCCUGACUCCCAGAUGCCUGGAGGUCCCGGAUUGGACGGCUCCGUGUCUGGGAUGGGAGGUGGCAGGUUAUAAAGGCAGGGCAGGUGGGAAAAGCUGCUUGUUCUGCCUAGAAAAAUUCCUAACGGUCUGAGUUUCUCAGUAGCUGUCGGCUUCUCUUCGGCGCCUCGCUUCUCGACUCUCAUCCAAGAUGAACAAACUUCUUUUCCUGUUUGCAGUUGGAGUCUGCUUUGCACUCGGUCAGACACUUGAGUGCUACAAAUGUAAACUUGGCUUUUGGGAUGUCUGCAUAACUUCAAAAACGACAUGCAGCAGUGGAGAACACUGUUUCAGUGGAUUGGGAACAGCAGCUGGAUUCGUGGACAUCAAAAUGAAGGGAUGUCUCGCGGUUGACAGCUGCAACAAGACUCAGAGUGAGAACCUCAAUGUCGGCGGCAAUGUAACACUCUAUAAAAUCACGAAGACGUGCUGCAACAGCGACCUGUGCAACGGCGCGCCCGGCCUGCCUGGCGGCUCCGGCCUGAGCCUGGCAGCAGCCAUCAUGUCGGCUCUGAUCACAGCCAAGGUUUUGGUUUAACCAUCACAGCAACAAACACGUUGUGCUGUACUAACACAAGCCCUUCAAAAUUUCAAUAAAUACUUAACUUCUUGGUUCUUGUGUUUAGUGUUCUUGAGAAAAUGUGUUUUUAUGUUUUACAUCAUUUCUUUUUGCAUUCUUGUAUUCUUACUCGGCUCUAAGCUAAACUGUAUUCAGAGCCCACAGAUAAAUGGUUUUCUGGGUAUUUCUCUGUGUUAUGGACAUGUUAUGUUAGAGAACUAUGUCAGGCUAUAUUUACCAGGGGAUUUAAUUGUGUUUUUCCAGAGAAAACAUGUCUGCAUAAACAAUUGAAAUGAUUUUUAAGUAUUAUUUGUGCCACUGAUUGUAGUUCUCUUGGGUUUUUUGGAAAGAUUCUGCUUUAUGAUUUCUAUGUACGCUUUCCCUCUAUAAACACAAAGCACUGAUGAGAAUUUUCAAAUAUAUUUAGGAUCAAAGUCUCUGUUUACAAGUGCUAAUGUUGUAAUUCAGAAUAAAUCAAUUCAAGCCUUUAUUUUGCGUUUAAGAUUAUCUGUACAUUUCUUUAUUUCUGGUUGAGAAAGCAGAACAAACAUUGUUAUCAGGUGAUCGGUAUCUUUAGAAAACUGGUUAAGGCAUUGAAACCGAUGAAUAAAAUCUGUUGUGGGAAUGAAG